AAAAAUGGUUCUGAAUUGGGAUUGUUUCGAACAAUAUGAUUCUGCACAUUCUUAAAAGUAAAGUUCUUUUGGUUUGGCUAAAACCUUAACAAAAAACCCGAUCCUUCUUUGGAACACAGUAGUCUGUCUCUGGGUAAUAAUAAUGGCUUCUGCUUGUCGUAAGAUGUUUAACAGAGCUUCUGUAUCUUCCCUCAAAUCUGCCCUCAGAUCCGUCACUGGAUCAUCGUCGCCUGCCUCAUCAGCCGGGUUUCGUAUACCUUCUCAACCCUCUCGCCAUUUCUCCUUCUCCAGGUGUCCAUCGGAGCUGGGAUGUGUUCAGUCGUUGUUACCGCUGCACAGCACGGUGGCAGCAGCGAGGUUGACUUCGUGCCUAAGCACAACUUCAAGGAGUAGCCGAGCUCUCUCUCAGGGUACACUUUGCUGCACCUCUCCCGACCUCUAAUGCAUUUCUCUUUACUUUUCCUUAGCUUGGCCUUUCAGUUCCGAGGUGACUCUAAAAUCCGUCAUGAAGGUUUAAACCAUGGAAGGGGCAGGAUUUCAAAUGAAUUGUUUCUUUUCUUCUUCCCUUUGUCAAAACUUAGAGACAAGAAGUGUCUGUCAUUCUUUUAUGUGACUAAUAAUUACAAAAUCUUAUGUCCUUUGACUUAUGAUAAGAGAAAUGUAAUACAAACUGGCAGCUUUUAUUGCA